AUGGCUAAAAUGGUUGCUAACCGCAUGAAGCCGCUGUUGGAGGGGAUAAUUUCUGAGUCCCAGAGUGCCUUUCUUCCGGGCAGAUUAAUUUCAGAUAAUAUUAUGAUAGCCUCGGAGGUCGGUCACUAUCUUAGGAGGAAGCAACUGGGUCAGGUUGGCUGGACAGCUCUGAAGCUGGACAUGGCCAAGGCGUACGACAGGAUGAAAUGGCCUUUUGUGGAACAGAUGUUGAGGAGGUUGGGGUUUGAUGAUAGGUGGGUGCAGCUGGUUAUGUUGUGUGUCCGUUCUGUGCGGUAUAAGGUGCUGAUUAAUGGUAGGCCUUCCGAGGAGGUUGUCCCCACGAGGGGCCUAAGGCAAGGUGAUCCCUUGUCUCCUUACCUUUUUAUUAUCUGCGCAGAAGGAUUAUCUUUAUUGCUGCAAGAUUCUCAGGCUAAGGGGUUGAUUCAUGGCUCCUUCUCUUUUUUUAAGGCGAAUCUGCAGGAAGCUAUGGAGGUAAAGAGAUGCCUUGGAGUAUAUGAGGCCUUUUCUGGGCAGGCGGUCAAUUUUAAUAAGUCAAGUAUUUGUUACAGCCGCAAUACAGUGGAUGAUGUGAAGGUUCUCGUUGCUGGGGCCUUGGGGGUUGCUCAGGCAGAUGACUUUGGUAAGUAUCUGGGCCUCCCUUCUGUGAUUGGCAGGAAUAAGAAGCUAGUUUUUGCUUAUAUUGAGCAGAAGAUGAAACAGAGGUUUGGGGCGUGGAACAAGCGGCUCCUGUCCAGGGCUGGUAAGGAGGUCCUUCUGAUGAGUGUGGCACAGGCUAUGCCAACGUAUACAAUGAUCAUCUUCUUGACCCCCAAAACGCUGUGUGCUUCCCUUGAGAGGUUAAUGAAUAGAUAUUGGUGGGGGCGAAGUGACAGGGAGGAUAGCAUUCAUUGGUUAGCUUGGGACAGAAUGUGUAGGCCUAAGAAGUUUGGGGGUCUGGGAUUUAAGUGGUUGCAUGAGUUCAACUUGGCGUUGCUGGCCAAGCAGGGCUGGCGCCUUCUCACAAAGCCAGAAACGCUGAUGGCUCGUGUGUUAAAAGCAAGACGAAGGAUAGGCAAUGGGCGAGCUACUCAGGUUUGGUCACAUCCUUGGUUGCCGGAUUCUCUUGACCCUUAUGUGUCUACUUUGCAGCCAGCUACCAAUCAGGGAUGGACUGUGGCUGAUUUGGUGGAUGAUUCAACAGGUGCAUGGAACGAUAACUUGAUCCAGCAGACUUUCAAUGCACGGGAUGCCGCUUUGAUUUAUAAGCUGCCUUUGAAUGGAAUUUAUGAUGAUUUGUGGUUCUGGGAGGGGGACAUUACAGGGAAUUAUUCGGUAAGAAGUGGUUAUAGACGGCUAGGGGGUGAUUUAGCUCCUAGUUCGCCGGUAUGGGGUAGGUUAUGGAAUUUGAAAAUCCCCCCUAAGUGGAAGAACUUCAUGUGGAGAGCUCUGUCUAACAUCUUACCAACUCUUGAUAAUUUGGUGAAAAAGAGGGUGGAUAUUGUUAAUGUAUGCCCAGCUUGUGGUUUAGUAGAGGAAAAUGUCAUGCAUGUUCUUUGUUCUUGUCCUUUUGCCUCUCUUAUUUGGAAUUGCUCCCAGUUGCCUUUUCCCCAAUAUAAUGGUGACAAUUUUCUGUUUUGGGCAGAAUUGUGGUUAGGAGGAGUAUCAGCGCUGGAUUAUGAAAGUAAAGGGAAGAUGUGUGGCUUGUUACAUGGCAUUUGGUCAGCCCGGAAUUCGGCUGUUUGGAGUAAUUUCCUGCCAACUCCCACGGCAUUGUGCAGCAGCCUUUUGUCUUGUUGGGCAGCUUGGAAGGCGCAUGGGGCCGGAUCAAGGGAAUCACAGUGUGCUCCAGUCAUGCAUGCAAAUAACGACCAGCGUGGUGUGGCUUGUUAUGUGGAUGCGGCGUUCCAUGAUUCGAAUCGGCAGCCUACUUACGGCUUCAUGGUUUUGGAGGAGGAUGGAAGUUACAUAGCUGCGGCGAAGGCGGUAACUGAGGCGCUUUCUUGGUUAAAGAAUAAUGGUUACUCGGCAGUCAGACUAUUCACAUAUAGCGCGGUUUUGGUUUCUAGUAUUAGAGAUGCUCGUUCCUUUCGUUCUUAUUUUGGUUUUAUUUUGGACUCUUGUAUUCGUUUAAUUUCUGCUAUGUCUGGAACUGUAGUCUCAAUCCUUUAUCUCUGUCUCUCUGAAAAUGACACAGCAUAG